AUGGAGAUUCUUCAAGGGAUUGCAUACAUUCACUGCAAGCUACAGAUAACACAUGGCAGUAUAAACUGCCAAAAUGUUUUCGUCUCUUUCACUGGCUGUAUCAAGAUUGGAGAUAUUGGAGGAAGUAUGCUAUCUGGCUCCAAAGACAAUCCAGAGAUUGAUACUCAGUCUGUUGGGUUUGUUAUGAGGGAGAUAAUGGAGCCCGGGCAUAGUUACCUCAAUCCAAAAACAUUCACCCUUGACAAACCAGAGAAAUGGAGCUUAGAAUUACUUGAAUUUUUCGAGAAAACCAAAAAUUCAACAGGAACAGACCUAUUGAAUCAUGUCUUUCUUGCCUACUCUCCGGGGCCUGGCUGCCUCAGCCCUCCUGCAGUGUCCGCAGGGUGCCUCUCAAAGAGAGAAUGGAAGCCCUUUGGGUAG